AUGAAUAGUGACCAAAAUCCCGUUACGAAUGCACCGGUAGCACCUACCUACGUCGAACUGUACACAAUGGUACAACAAUUAAGCGAACAGUUGAAGGCUAUGUCCGAGAGCCAAAGGCAAAAUGCUUCCUCGGGCAGUGACAACUCGAAUCGCGCCGGUUGUACUACUGCUAAAUUUCGCAUCGUCCCGGACCUGAACAAGACGGUAAAGGAAAUCUGUGGACGAGAAACGGCGUGUGAAGCGGAUGAUUGGUUCGAGUCCGUUAAUACGUUGGCGCGAAUAAACAACUGGCCAGACGGUUACAGGUUACAGUUCAUACGUUCGUGCUUGGUCGGAGCAGCACGGAAUUGGUUCCUAGGACGGGAGUUUGAAAACUGGGACGAUUUCUCCAAGAAAUUCAAAUCCACGUUCUCGAGGGGAAUGCGUGUCACCGACAAGUGGAACCUGAUGCAAAAACGAGUUCAACAAAAGAACGAACAUGUAGUGGAUUUCUUCCACGAAAAAAUAAGGAUGUGUCGAGAAUUGAAACUGUCCUUCGACGAGAUCAAGGAUCACGUGCUGCAAGGCGUAUAUUCGCGUGAGCUGGCCGUUUUCGCGCUGAGUAAUAAACACGAAAACGAAAAUGAGCUGCUUGGAGACCUACUAGAGUGGGAACGAUUGAACGCUCUGCGUAACGGUAUAAGCCGAAAAGACGAUCUGGUCGACAAAAGAAAUGAAAAAUCCAACUACAGUUCAAAAAAGUCUGAAAAAAAUGUGACGGCGACCGUGAACCAAGUACCGUUAUACGUAGCACCGCACCGACGGGAGACUAAGACUACUACGACUAACGGAGAAUUACCAAGUAGUGAACAGGUCGAGUGCUGGUUUUGUCACAAGACAGGCCAUGUCGGACGCGAUUGUUCUCAGCGUCUAGAGAAGCUGACGUGUUAUGGUUGCAGUGGUAAAGGUCAUUUAAAAAGAGACUGUCCGGCACGGAGCAAGGCAGAAACUAACGUGACGACGGCGGAAGUCGCAGUUGACAACCCACAUCGGUAUUUGAAGGAUGGAGUCAUACGAGGUGCAGUGGUGAGUCUACUCGUAGACACGGGUUCGCAUUAUUCACUAAUUAAACAAAGUGUAGCCAAAAGAGUUGGAUUGGUGAUCGAGUAUGCUACGCAACCGUUGUACGGAAUUGGUAGUGUAACAGUACCAACCACGACGACAGUUGGAAGGGCAUUGGAGAGUAUAACGGUCGAAGGUGUCGAGGCUGGACCCGUAACGUUAUUAGUAGUACCUGACGAUGCACAGCGCACGGAACUCGUAGUGGGUAGAGGUUGGUUAGAUCUACCUUACGUCACGUACUACAAGACCAGCAACGACCUGAUUAUAAAAAGAAUUGACAAGAACUGUCUGAGUACGUCGACAGGAAACGCGGACAUAACAAGUAGCACCGAUGCUAUAGUGCAUGUGACAGAAGUUGAUGAGUCACCGUACAGGGAGCCGCUGACGGAAGCAGAUUUCAAGUACGUAAGCACUGAAGCGACAAGGGCGGAAAGGGAUGAGUUGCUAGUGUUGCUGAAUUCGUACAGAGACACCUUUGCGAAAAACCUAAGUGAACUCGGGUGUACCGAAAUGGCUGAGCUCCGCAUAGAUGAAGAGAAAGACAGCAAACCAGUGACUUGUAGACCAUAUAAGGUGUUAUUGGCAGAACGCAAGGCCAUGGCUGAGAUAAUCGCUGAGUGGAAAUCGUGCGGAAUAGUCACGGAGACGCGGUCACCGUAUGCGAGUCCCGUACUGCUGGUAUUACAGAAAGGUGGCAAGUCAAGACUGGUGGUCGACUAA